GCCCGCCCCGCCCCGGUGAUGGCGGAAGCGGAGGCUCAAGGGGGCAAGAUGAAGUCGUUCGGCGGCGGCGGCGCCGGGCUCGACUCGGAGCGCAGCCGCUUCCCCUACUGCGUCGUGUGGACGCCCAUCCCCGUGCUCACAUGGCUCUUCCCAAUCAUUGGCCAUAUGGGCAUCUGUACGUCGGCUGGAGUCAUUCGGGACUUUGCAGGGCCCUACUAUGUCUCAGAAGACAACAUGGCCUUUGGGAGGCCAGUGAAGUACUGGAAACUGGAUCCAAAUAAAGUGUACUCCACGAGUCCCAAUGCAUGGGACACAGCUGUACACGACGCCUCAGAAGAGUACAAGCACCGAAUGCACAACCUCUGCUGUGACAAUUGCCACUCACACGUGGCUCUGGCAUUAAACCUCAUGCGAUAUGAUAACAGCUCUUCCUGGAACAUGGUCAAACUUUGCUUCUUUUCCCUUUUGUAUGGGAAGUAUGUCAGGGGGAUUUGUGAAGACGUGGCUUCCCUUUGUCCUCUUCUUGGGGGCAAUCCUGACAGUCGCUUUAACCCUUCACUUGCGGUGAUGGAUCCCAUGAUCUUCCCUUCCCCUUGGUGCCCAGAGGAGGAACCAUGGCUGCUCAGUCCAGCAAGGUGGAGACACAGGACUCUGGGAAUUACUUGAAAGAGCAAGCGGUCACUUCACCCUGUAGUAACGGCUCUCAUCUUUGUUUCCUGGGCCUGGCUUCUUUCCCUCUGUUUUUGUUCUGUCAUCAGUGUCUCCUGGUGUUUGGGGUCCUGGAGCCUCCUGCUCACCCUCUGUAUAUGGGAUGGUGGGAGUAUGGGCUUUGAUUUCAGCACAGGGCAAUGUUGCAAGGGCUAAACCUGCCCCUCAGUAUCAGAGCACAAACAGAUCCUCCUUGUAAGGUUCUCUCUGACCCAGGGCUGCUCCUCCCACAGCUGUUCCUUCUCAGCAGAUGUCACCAUCCAGUGCUUCUUGCCUCUUGCACUUCUCAAGCUUGGUGCAAGUUAUUAAACUCAGAGCAGAGGCAGGGAAGGAUUCCCCAAUUGAAGAAGCCUCCCAUGGCACAUUUCAAAAUGGAGAUGCAAGUUAGUCAUGGCCCGGUGUCCUAGUGUGGUGUAUAUUGCCGCUGUGCUUGUGGACAACCUCCCAGUAGCUGCUAGUGAAACAGGCUGGUGGGAAAGCGCUUCCCUUUCAGCAUUCAGCAUAUUGCUAUUGCAGGGCAAGCAACUCCUGGCAACUUCAGGCUGAGGGGAGCCGCAUGGAUGCGCACGUUGGGCUGUGCUGCGUCUCUGGCUUGGAGCAGUUCGUGCACUUCAAUUGCAUGUUGCAGAGAUCGGAAUCUGCUGUUGCUUUACUGGGCUAGUGCCUCAGAAAGCACAGUUCUUGGGCCCCUUCCUGUGCUUUGUCUUUCUCCAGUUGCAGCACUGUUUUCCCAAAGCUGCUUCCUUCCCUGACAUCCCUCACACCUGUUCAGCUAAGCCUAGCAGGAGCCCAAAUGAUGUGGCAACUGCAGAAGGGUUUGGAUGGGGCAGAAGCCUUGUGUGUAGGCUUUCUAAAGCAUCCUUGUUCUGAAGGGCAAGUACAUAUGCUCUCAGCUUUCUGGUGAAUGGGAAAUAUUGAGACUGCUCAAAGUACUUGGAAGACCCAAAUUCCUUUAAAGCAGCGUACCCCUCCAUUCACAUCUGGGCCUUGGAAUGGGAGACUGUCCCUGAGCCAGGGGUGGCAGCAGCCUUCUGACAGCCAGUCUCAGGUUAUUACACAGGACAUCAGUUGGCUGCAGGGUAGUUUCAUUGUCCUGCCCCAAGGAGGCAGGGGCAUCAAUAGAAAAGCAAUAGAGAGCAACUUGUGGGGGUUUUUUUACCAGUGCUGGAAUGUGACUGCCGCUGGAGAUGCCAGCUUGGCAGCUGAGACCUCUACUAACGCCUUGGAGCAGAGAUGGUGUGAGUAGCCGUGGGGCAGUUGUCUGCUAGAUGCUGGUCAGGGAAUGGGCGUCAGUUCGAAAGUGGAAGUGGCAUCUCCAGCAGGAGAGAGAACGGUCCAGUAUCUGCUCAUUUUGUAAAGUCCCCUGCCGAGGGGCCCAUCUAGCUGGCCAGCUGUGCUGGCUGGCUUCUACAGUAUGGCCGCUUGUCUGCGGUGAACCUGGGCAAGCUCAGCUGUUGGAUUGCAGGGCGGGGGUUAGCUUUUUUUUUUCAAGUCUGAUGCUUCUAAGAAGUGGGUUUCACCCCCAGGUACCUGUUAUGGCCAAAAACCAACAUGCCGUGCUCACAGCCAAAACCAAUGCUCUGUGCUCACAGUGGCACAUCUCCUUCAUGGCUUCCCUUCCUUGAAGUCCAUACUGAAUCCAGCUUUGCAAAUGGAGCAUGCUCUUCUCCUACCCACUGUCUCCUGCACUCUAGCUUCCAUCGGAAAGGGGGACCUCUCUCUGGAUUGCCACCUCCUACUCGGUCACUUCUAAUCGCCCUUAAACCAUCUCUCUCUGGUAUCCAGUUGUUUUUUCAUCAGCCAAACACUUUCCUUUCCGGAGUCUUAUACAAACUGCAUUGUCUUUCCCCUACACCUGGAACAGAAAGAGUCUUCUCAGUAUCUCCCUUGCAUUCAGUCAGUUCAAGCAUGAGUGGAGAGCAGGCCGGAGGAUGCUGAUAAAUAAGCUCUAGGCUGAUUAGAUAUCAAAGGUCUUACAUCAAAGAGAACCUUACAAUGAGAGCAUGGUGUUUUAUCAAGUUACCCUGUGCCGCUUCACUUACUACCCAGCAGGCCUGCUACUUAAUAGUGACAUGAUAGACCUGGCCAAUUGAAUAGGAAAGGGUCUUUGCUCUGCUUUCUCUCUGUCCCUCUUUCUCUCUCUUUCUUUCUUUUUUAAAAUCUUACUUCUGGCAAGAAUGCGACUGGGCAAGGCUUAAAAAUUCCUGGACUUGGAGCUAAAAGCCAGCCUGCUUCUCGCAAUAAUAACAGCUCCCAGCGCGCUUGGAUCUAUCUCUUACAAGUGGAUUCAAAGCACUUCACCGAUAAGCUGUGCAAGUGUUGCCAAAGUUUAGGUGGUUAAUGCUGUUGGUGACUGAAGCCCGGAGCAAAUCUACAGGCAAAACCUUGCUUGCUCUUGGGUUUUCUGAACUUGCAUUAAUUGCCAACCCUCCUCCCCUGUGAUGGAACCAGAGGAUUGUAGGAGCUGAAGUGGGAAUUACCUAACGCAGCAGGCUGUCCAGUCCCUUUGGGUUACAGCGAAAAAGCAGUGCUCUGACUGUUGGGACCACUGCUUUGGUCGAGCUUUUGUCAAAUGUCCAACCAGCUUGCCCUGGGCACUUGGCGGGCAGUGCCACGGCCCACUUGAGCACAGGGCACCUUAGGGGAGUGCAGAGGGAAGCCACGGCUGAUUCUAGGAAGAAGAUCCCAUGCAGGCAGCUAAAAUAUCCUGCGCAGGUGUGUGCACAGGCAGGAGAAGAGUUGAAGGUGUAGGGUCUGCAGGGAGGCCACGAGUAGGAAGUCGGGGUUGUGGGGGGGCUCCAUCUCUACAAGCAAUACGCAGGCAUCAUGCUCCAGUAGGAGUUGGGAGCUAGGCCAGGGAGUGGGCGCAGGGGGGUUUAUUGCAGUAGGCACCCAGAUGUGGUUGUUAGCAUAUGCAGGUCCUAGACCAGCUAACGGCCUUUAUGUUUACUUGGUAGCUGAAGCUACCAAGUGUGGCUUGGCUGACAUGGAGCGAUGGUCUUCUGUCUGCUGCUUCCCUCACCUCGCCAGUACAGUGCAUGGCACCCCUUUUGAAGCAUCCCCCAUCAAGCACAGCACCCAGAAAGGGUUGCCCUCGUUCCACAUACAUGCCUUAAAGGCGCAUCUCUCCAUCCGAGUUGGCCCCGUGUCCCUCCCCCUUGCCCUCAGCAGUUCUGCUGCAGAGCUCCAUGGCUUUGCCUCUGUUCUUUGGCAGCAGCUAGCCUGGAGCAUCCUUGUCCUCGUCCGUGUCCUCUGUUCUCACAUUCUCCAUGGGACGUUGCGUCGCUUUGUACGUAUCGCUCUUGCCGCUGUGAUCUUGUGAGCCUGAGGUGGGGGAAUAAACUCGUUUCUGUCUCUGUCUC